AUGAGCUUCACUGUGCCCAGACAGCUGUGUAAUGCGGGUGGUACGCUUCAUGGCGGCGCCGUGGCUUUAAUCUUUGACAUUACCACGUCAAUGGCCAUUACACCGUGCAGCCGCGAAGGAUUCUGGGAUAGUGGGCAUGUCUCACGCAACCGUAAGUGCAACCCGACGAAUACCAUCGACCUUGUGAUAUCCAGAGGCCUGGAGAACAAAACUUAG